CGCGGGGUUGAAGAACAAAUCUAAAAUGUUAUGAGAACUAAAGAAAAAUACUUAAAAUAUAAAAGAAAACUCAGAAGAAAAAAAGGCGAGCGAGUCCAUUCGAUUUGGGAGAAGUAAAUGGCUACGAGCCUGAAAUUCAACCCGAUUAUCCCAUGUCCGACCCGUCAGAGAAAUCUCCAGACCCGUCACGUGGCGCUGGGGGCGAAGGCCUUCAGGCGGAGCGACUUCGACGGCUUCGCGAGGCGGGUAACCUCCGGCGAGGCUUGGAAGGACGCGUGGCGCACCGCCAACGAAGGAUUCGAGCAGCUUCUGUACGAGACUAAAAAGGCGGCGGAGCGCAUCGACCGCCAGUACUCCGUUUCCCGCCGGUUGUACGAAGUCUCUCAGGCAGCCUCUGACCGAGCUCGGGAGCUCGAUCGAGAGUUCGAGCUCACCCAGCGAUGGCGAAACUUAUCUCUCGACUUUGCUCGGAAUUGGCCCGGGUACAGGAAGCAGUUUAAUAACUUUCUGGAAACGCCAUUGGGGAAAAGUUCUGCUACAGUCUUCUUUCUCUGGUUUGCUCUCUCCGGAUGGAUGUUCCGGAUCCUGAUAUUUGCAACAUGGGUGCUACCACUAGCUGGUCCUCUUCUAAUAGGAGCCUUCGCCAACAAUCUUGUCAUCAAGGUAAAAGGCAGCUCAAUAUUCUUGUACUGCAAUUUCAUUUGAGCUUCUUCUGCUUAAGUAAUAACUAUUCAUGCUAGUCCCAUUUGCACAUCAAAUUCUUGAUACAAAGGCCAGCGAAAUUUUUAAAAGCCGAUUUCUUGCAUUGCAGCUUUUAAAAUUGUAUCCUGUGUAACCGGGAAUCUGUUACCAUGCUUCAUUAGUUGUUCUUAUUUAUAUGGUUAACUCCUAAUUUUACAUUUACAGUCAAAAUUUUCCUUUUUCUAGAGUUGUAGGGGUGAAAAUUCAUGUUCUUUCCCGGAAAUAUGUUUAAACUUGCAUUGACUGGGGAUUUCAUAAUGACUAAUGACCGUAUUCUUGGGUUUAAAAUGUCUGUACUCAUCAUUUUCUCCGGGACAGGGAGCAUGCCCGGCUUGUAGGAGGCAGUUUGUUGGAUACAAGAACCAGACAGUCCGUUGUGCUGGCUGUGGCAACAUAGUAUGGCAGCCACAAGGUGACUUUUUUUCAGGAGGCAACAGCAAAAGAAGUUCUAGACCUUCCUCUUCUUCAAAGUCAAACCCGGAUAUUAUUGAUGUCGAGUUUGAGGAGAGAUGAAUUCAAGAUAACCAAUGGCCACCACCCAUUAUGAAGGAUCCUUGUUGGUGAAGGGCACACAAAGUAAGAGUCUGAUCUCAAGUCUCAAAAUUAUGUAAUCAUGCUGUGGACACAUUCUCUCCUUUCUCUUCCCUUUCUCACGAGUCAUAACAGCUUUGAAUGUUCUUAUGUAUCUCCAGUUUAGUUAGUUAUUGCUUCUCUAAGUUUGUAUGUAGAUGUAUUAAUAUGAUACUUAUAGAUAUCUUUGAUGAUAAUAAAGUAAUUAUUGCCGGUUCACACAGUUUGUUACUACGUGACUCUGGCAGAGUGUAUGAUCAACUUCCGAAAGGAAUUUUUUGUUUCUUCCUUUUUAGCAUUUCUUGGUUUGUUUUUUGGUUCUCAAAGCUGCGGCCGACGAAAUUAAAGCCCUAUGAAGAGUUCGUAACAUGCAUUGUAAUGCACUAACAAUUGAAUCGAAUUGAAACUUGAUGAAACCAAGUGGUAAAUGUCACCCUUCAUCCAGCUGUUUGCUGGGGGAAUCCCCACUCAUUGUAGUUGCAGUCACUUGACAGAAUGAGAAUGGAUGAGGUAGUAGUAGAUCCGGCCAUUAUUAUUAUUAGCAAAGCUAGGAGAGCAGGAAUCUUUUUCAAAAAGGAGAACACACAAUUUCUCCUUUCUCUGAUGCUCAUCCGGUAAACUCCCCCAGAUCGUAAUAUUCAUACCGUGUGGACAUGCUAGAUAUCCAGUUACUGCUUACUAGAGCUAGAGAAAGAAGUAGGAGAAGAAGAUGGAAGGAAUAAGAGUAUGUUUCCAGAUGUUCAAAUGCAGCGUGUGCAGAAACGCAAAGAAUGCCGUUGAGGGGUUCUGAUAUUGGGUUGGGUUCGGCAUUAGAGAAGUUCUCUAAUGUAAUUGGAGCCCAGAACUGAUGCUGUUAUUACUUUGUAUAUUAAAUUUGAAUACUUUGUUUAGUUGAAUAAUAAUAAUAGUAAUCAUACAUGUCGGAUU